CGACUUGCCCUCCUUGAGCGCUUCUGAUCUGCGCCGGCCUGCUCACCUGGGCGUCUCCUCUCACUCCAGCCCCGAGUUCUGGGCAGCAGCAAAUUCGCGAUCUGAUUCCAGAGAGCGGGGUCCGAUCCGGAUCCCUCGGGCCUCGUGGCUGCCAGCGUGGCCCUGGGCAAGUCUCGCCAGCUGGGCCUCAACUUCCCUUGUGUGAACCAGAGAUUCUAGGGUGGGAUGAACAGUGUGAUUGUCCUAUCUCGAGCCUUUGUGACUUUAUGGGCAGAGUGGCCAAACGUCCCUGCUCCCUACAGGUCUUGGCCAUGAACGCCCCUGGAGGAAGGAGGCAGGAAGGUAGAAGGGCCCAUAGACCCCGGGAACAGGACCGAGAUGUGCAGCUGUCUAAGGCUCUGUCCUAUGCCCUACGCCAUGGAGCCUUGAAGCUGGGACUUCCCAUGCGAGCUGAUGGCUUUGUGCCCCUUCGAGCCCUCCUGCAGCUGCCUCAGUUUCACAGCUUCUCAGUGGAGGAUGUACAGCACGUGGUGGACACCAAUGGAAAGCAGAGGUUUGCCCUCCAGCCAGGCGAGCCCAGCACUGGGCCUCUUAUCAGGGCCAAUCAGGGCCACUCCCUACAAGUACCUGAGUUGGAGCUGAUGCCCCUGGAGACACCACAAGCCCUGCCUUUGAUGCUAGUCCAUGGUACAUUCUGGAAGCAUUGGCCAUCUAUUCUACUGAAGGGCUUGUCAUGCCGAGGAAGGGCACACAUCCACUUGGCCUCAGGAUUACCUGGGGACCCUGGCGUCAUCAGUGGUCAGUGUCACCUUCAUCUAUUCUAUCCUCCCAGGUUCCCCACUAAGGGUCACAGCUUCCUUUGUGUGAGACCACUACACAGGUUUGCAUGGAGCAAUAUCUCCCCACCCCACCACAGAGCCCCAUUCUGCCCAGGUACCCCAGGUCCCAGUCUAGCUGUCCCCACAGGCAUGCGUCCAAAUUGUGAAGUGGUGGUGUUCAUCGAUGGACCCCUAGCCCUGUCAGAUGGAAUCCCCUUCUUCCGCUCUGCCAAUGGGGUGAUCCUGACUCCAGGGAAUGCUGAAGGCUUCCUACUUCCCAAGUACUUCAAGGAGGCCCUGCAACUGCGACCCACCCCCGCUCUCGUCUCUUCCUCAGGAAAACCUCUCUCCUUGGCUGGGGAUAAAGAGAUGGAGGGUCAGAGUAUCCCCGAGCACAGCUCCAGAGGAGGGAGAAGAAAGAUCCAACAAUAAAAUAUUUAUUACAAAAAAA